GGCGCACUGACGUCGCCCGGCGGCUCGCGGAGGAGCCGGGUCCGGGCGCUGCCUGAGACCGAGCUCGGGUCUCGGGGUCGCUCGCGCCGGAGGCAGAAGCCGCGUCCCGUCCGCUCGCCCGACCCCGGCCCCGGCCCGAGCGUCCGCCGGCCCUCUGGGACACGGCCGGCGCCAGCCCGAUGAGAUUGUUCCUGAAUGCUAGUGAUGGUGAAGCCGGAAAAAGAUUCCUUUAAAUCACCACCAGGAUGAAUCAUCUACCGGAUGACCUGGAAAAUGCCCUCAGCGGAAGUCAGGGCUCCCAUGCGUCUCUGCUCAACGUCCACUCCAUCAACCCCACCCAGCUGAUGGCCAGGAUCGAGUCCUACGAGGGGCGGGAGAAGAAAGGCAUCUCUGACGUCAGAAGGACUUUCUGUUUGUUUGUCACCUUUGACCUCUUGUUUGUUACUCUGCUGUGGAUAAUAGAGUUAAAUGUGAAUGGGGGCAUCGAGACCACGCUGGAGAAGGAGGUGGUGCAGUACGACUACUACUCUUCUUACUUUGACAUAUUUCUCCUGGCCGUUUUUCGGUUUAAAGUGUUGAUCCUCGCAUAUGCCGUGUGCAGGCUGCGCCACUGGUGGGCCGUAGCGUUGACGACAGCUGUGACGAGUGCCUUUUUAUUAGUCAAAGUCAUCCUCUCCAAGCUCUUCUCUCAGGGGGCUUUUGGAUACGUGCUGCCCAUCAUUUCGUUCAUCCUUGCUUGGAUCGAAACCUGGUUCCUGGAUUUCAAAGUAUUGCCUCAAGAAGCAGAGGAAGACAACAGACUUCUGCUGGUCCAGGACGCUUCGGAGAGGGCGGCCCUCAUCCAGCCGCCCGGGGGUCUCUCGGAUGGGCAGUUUUAUUCCCCGCCUGAGUCUGAAGCAGGUUCUGAUGAAGAAUCGGAAGAAAAGCAGGACAGUGAGAAGCCGGUCCUGUAGCUGUGAGAAUUAUGCUGAUGAAAUGUGAAGGCGUCCAGCGGCCGGCUCUUCAGGUGGACGAGUCGGGGCUGUCCCGGGGGAGCCGCGCCCCCCUGCUAAUCAAGGAUUUAUUUAUUGUGAUACCUCUCAGAAGACUGUCCCGCCCCCACGUGUCCAUUCGCCCUCCUGGGGCCGGGAGAGGCUGUCCGGAGCGGGGGCCCCGUGUCUGCUACUGAAACCGAGCUCCUGAUGUGUAGGUAGUUCUGGGAAAGGCUCGCGCCCUGUUCCUAAUCAAUAGACACCGUAGUUUAGCGACCUAACUUUUCUUCUGUAACGCAAAAUGUACGUGGAUUUUUUUUUCUGACUCACAAAAUGGGAUUGUUUUAUUUGUCUCAUAGAUUUAUUUUAUAUUUCUUUUUAAAAAAUAACAUGUCCUUGUGUGUUUUAUAAUUCAUGCAUAUGAGCUCUUUGUACAGUUUAAAAACGGUAAUAAAAGGCGACAUACCA